AGUGGGAGAGAUAGUUGAGGUAGAGCAGCAUGAAGAAAGUCUUCAUCACCACGGUUACCCUUCUGUUAGCUCUGUGUCCAGCUGAGUCAGAGGGUUUGGAGGUGACUGGACUUGUAGGAGGACAGGUGGAAAUCAAAUGCUCACAUAAGUUCGCAAAGCACAACAAAAAAUACUUUUGCAAGGACACCUGCACUGGUUCAGAUAUUCUGGUUCACACUGAGGACAGCAAGGACUAUACUAAGACAGGGAGAUACAGUAUAGAUGACAGAGGAGAUGGAGACUUGACUGUUACCAUCAACAACCUAAAGAUGUCAGACUCUGGGACCUACUGGUGUGGAGUGGACAGAUUCUUCAUAGACACUUCCCAGGAAGUGCUUCUCAGAGUUUUAGACGGAUUAGGAUGA